CGCUACUAUUUUCUCCUGAUUUCAAGCAUAUUGACAAUGGCGCGAAAAAGUGUAUCGUACAACUUGUACAGAGAAUAACUGAGAUAUUAAUAUUUAUAAAUGCAUAUCACUCGUUUCAUAACAUUCUUCAAAAGAUAAUUUUUCUUGCUCGAUGUAGCGGAAGACGUAUUUGAUCAGUUAUACAAUUUGUAUAUAAGUUCAAACAUAAUGCUCACGCGAUUGAAAGAUGUGACAGGUGGUGGGGGCUAUUGGCUGAAACAGUUGUACAGAAAUAUUGAGCAGGGAUUGUUCACGAAUCGUAUUUCCUGUUUACGUGCUGCUAACUAUUCUAAUAAAAAAAUGUCGAAAUAUACGAUUGUUAUGGUACGCCAUGGAGAAAGUGAAUGGAAUAAAUUGAAUUUAUUUUGUGGAUGGUACGAUGCCAAUUUAUCCGAUAAGGGUAAAUCUGAAGCAGUUUCUGCAGGAAAAGCAGUUAAAGAUGCAGGAUAUACCUUUGAUGUUGCCCAUACUUCAGUAUUAACUAGAGCACAAGAAACUUUGAAAGCAAUUCUUAAAGAAAUAGGUCAAGAAAACAUUCCGGUUCAUAAAACAUGGCGCCUUAAUGAACGUCAUUAUGGUGGUUUAACUGGCAUGAAUAAAGCUGAAACUGCUGCUAAAUAUGGUGAAGAACAAGUACAAAUUUGGAGAAGAUCGUUUGAUGUACCUCCUCCACCUAUGGAACCAGAUCACAAAUAUUAUGAAACAAUAGUCAAAGAUGCCAGAUAUGCUGCUGAGCCAAAACCAGAAGAAUUCCCUAAAUUUGAAUCGUUAAAAUUAACAAUUGAAAGGACAUUACCAUACUGGAAUAAUACUAUUAUCCCCCAAUUAAAAGAGGGAAAGAAAAUUAUCAUUGCUGCUCAUGGAAACAGUUUACGUGGCAUAGUAAAGCAUUUAGAUCAAAUGUCCAAUGAUGCAAUCAUGGGUUUAAAUUUACCAACUGGUAUUCCAUUCGUUUAUGAAUUAGACGAAAACUUUAAGCCUGUUGUAUCCAUGAAAUUUUUAGGCGAUGAAGAAACUGUAAAAGCUGCAAUGGCUGCAGUUGCUGCACAAGGAAAAGCUAAGUAAUGUUAAUAAGAAAUUUAUUAUAAAUUUCUAACAUUACGUAAAUACAUACAAGAGGUUUUACUAGUUUCAGUUUUUGACGUUAAAAAUUAGUUUUUGUUUA